CAUUAAAAAAACAUUAUUACUAAGUGUCUUAUUUUCAGCUGGGAUGAAAUUAUUUUCUUCAGAGUGUGUGGUAUGAUGCUAUGUUUUGGUUCUGGGAGGAAAACAGUUUUGACAGCACACUGAUGUGUAUAAUGGCUGCUGAGCAGUGUUGUACAAAGCUGAGGCCAUUCUCAGGAAAGGGCCCAAGGAGCUGGGAGGGGAACAGAAUUAGGAAAAUUGAUUUAAACUGGCUGUAGGGAUAUGAUAUCAUAUGAUAUCCAUGUGAAGGAGUUUUGAAGGAAGUGGGAGUUCAUGACUCUCUGUCUGUUCGAGGGCAUCAGUCAGGGGCUGAGCAUCAGUCAGGGGCUGCUGAGCAAUUGCUUGUGCAUCACUUGUUGUAUAGAUGUGUGUGCAUUUGUAUAUAUAGUCAUAACUAUUAUCCUUCUCUAUAUCUUAGUAAAUGUUUUUGUCUCAAUCCAUGAGUUCUACUUCGUUGUUCUUCUGUUCUUUUUAUUUUUAUUUUUUUGUUUAUUUUGGAAAAAGGAUGGGAAUGAGCAAAUGACUGUGCGUUGCUGAGCCAUCUGCUGAGUUAAACCACAACAGUAAGGAGCGCUGAGCACAGUACAUGAUGUUUGCUGUACUGCAGUGAUAACUGUUGGAUGGAAAUAUGGAAAGAAAGAAUUCAGUAACUGAGACUUGAGAUUGCACAAGAUGUGAAACAACUGCACUAACUUUUGGGAGAAUUUUCCAAAAGUAUGUGUUGCAGUUCAAGUCCAGCCAAAUGGUUUGUGGGCAGAUGGAGACUGUUGUAGGUGAAGUUGCCUCUGAUGUGGCUGCUCACGAACACAUGAUUCACUUCAUUCCAGUGCAGUUUGAUGUAUGAUGUGCUUGUGUGCUUUGCUUUUCCAACACUUAAACCAGCAAGUCCAAUGUGAAUGUGCUCAAGGUGAUCAUGCUUCAUUCAAUAACCAUGAAGGGCUGAAGAGUAGCUGUGGAAUCAGGAAUCAGUAUUACUGCAUUUUAACUUUGGAAAAGUGAGUGUAGAAGCAAAAGAAAAAAAAAUCAGAUACAUUCUUGCAGCGGUCAGCACUUGCGAUAUUCUUGGAAAUUAUUGCAAGUUAGCUAGCUAGUGCAGUUGUAUGCAUUCUUCUCAUAAUCUUUCAAAUUUGAAUCUAAAAAAAAGAAAUUUCCAAAGUAGGAAGGAAACAAGAUAACAAGGCAGUGCCAUUUGGUGAUUUCCAUCUUUUCUAACACAAGCAGGCUACUUGUAAAGCAGAGACUUCGAGGGAUGUGACUGGAAGUCAGUGCUAUUCCAAGUCAGCUAGAAUAUUUGUGAUUUUACUGUGCUUUGGAGUAAAUUCUGGGUUAUGCAUGGUCAUCCUCUGAAAAAUUGACUGUCUAGAAAUAACUGUUUUUUGUACAACAGAUCUGAAAGGCCUCAUCUCAUCACAUCAGUGGCAAGGAUUUCCUUUUGCUGUUUUUAUUCUUAUUUGCCUUACUGUGCAACCAAGACUUACUCUUAUGUGUUGCAGUGGAUCCCAGCUGACUUUAAAUUACUUGUACCUGAACAAAUUGCCAUAGAUACAACAGCUUCCGGUCAGUUUAAAAGAUGUCUUAAAGUUCUCUGCUGAGCUCCUAGUGUAGAUGAGAAAGCAUCUUGAAAAUGAGAGGCAAAGCAGUUUAGUAGCAGAUGGCCUCAGGCUUUACUGGGAACUGACAGCAUUUGAUGUAAAAUCACUGAAAUUCAGAGAAAGCAGAAUCAGCAGCAGGACUUCUCUGUUCAGUUUCCAGAGAGCUCUUUGCUGGAGGUUGUGGAGGGAUGGGAAACUUUACCUGUGGCAGCCUUCUGGUCCAGGCUGGUAAAUUGUUUUAGUAACUGUUUGGAUAAGAAAGAAAAGAAUGAAAAUUAAAAGCAGUGAGACAGCUUCUUAAUGCAGUUUCUGUGGGCAUCAGACUCGAUGGUAAAAGAGGUCACGACUCAGGGUCAGUUGAAUAAAUGCGAACAGGCAACAGGUGCUCUCUUGGCCUCAUGAGAGGAAAGUAACCUGAAGGAAGAAUGCAAGGGGUCUUGUUAAGCCAUGUGGGUGAGUGAUAAACACUGUUAUCUAGAAAUCCUUUUACUUUGAUGUAAAUUAAAUGUCAUAAUUUUAUCUGUACAGCUAUCUGCUGUCAGCUGUUUGACGGGGAUGCAUUAAGAUACUCUACAUGAUCUCAAGAUCAUUAACGUGUCCUUAGCUGUGCCACUGCUUAUGGGCGUUAUGACUUACUGUGUUAACAGUUCUCUGUCACUAAACAUGCAUAAAAAGGAAAAAGAAAGUUUAUAUAAUGAAUGUUCAUACUAAGUUGAGGUGAUACUAUAGUAAAGUUGAACUUUUGCCCGCUAGGCAGUAUUUAAAUGUGUCAUUCUAGGGUCAGAUGGGGAGACUGCUAGUGCUUUAUAGACACUUGUACUGUGCAAGUGGAUUUCAACCAACAGCUGACAUGUAUAAUACGUUAAAUGUCAGGUUCUUGGCCUUUUAAAGCCAUUGUGGUCCAGUUCUUAGUACGUCACCAAACAUGACAGAUGGAGAUCUUUUGUCUGAUCUCAUCAGGAAACCAAACUAUUUCACUAGACAGGCUUAUCCAAACUGUAUGGCAUAUUUUGACCUUGGAAGUUAUUCCUUUAUAUUAAGUUGAAGCCUGUUUCAGUACUUGUCAUUUGUCACGAGAAUUGGAAUCUUACCGAACCAUUGCUCUGUGGCUGUGAUCUACUGCUUUUCAUGUGUCAAGGAAAUGAACUGUUUGUGGGAAGUUACUCACUGGUGUACAUCUUAAUUUUGCAGAAGUUUAUGUGUCUUAAAGUUCAGCUAACUCUUCAUUUCCUCGGGAGAAUUCAGUGUGUGUCCAUGAGCAGCAGCAACUAGAUAUGGGUUAAGUAGGUUUUCAGCAUAACUUGAAAAAGUUGCCUGAUGGCCACUGAAAAUGUAAAGGAUAUUUAUUAGUAUUUUUUUUCCUGAGUAAUAUUCAGUAGCUGUAGCCAAAUUUUGAAUUCGCUGUCUUUUGCUUUUUUUAUAGGGUUGUUUACCAAACGUUUACCACAUUUGGUUCUUCAUCUUCUUAGAACUCUGAAUUGCAACCUUUACAAACUUCUCUUCAAGUCCCAAAGUCUCUAUAAAGCUUUGGCUUUGUUUAGGCUUUUUAAUUUAUUAUUAUUUUUUUUUUCGUUUACCUGCAUAUUUUUAGUCAUCUCCACUUAUACCAUGUUACUGGAAGCAAUGCAAAAUCUAAUGAGAUGAUCUGUUUGAGCAGCUGGUUUUAACCUCUAUGACAUUUCUUGUUUGGGAUAUAAGCCUCUGGUAUUACUUUAGUACGUGCUGUAGAUUUUUUUUUUUUUUCCCCCCAUUCACUUCGUCUUUGUUCCUAUUGCAAAUGUUUUGGUUUUUUUUUUUCAUUCCUUUGGGUCAGAGCUAGCAAAGAGGGAUCAUAGCUGAACUGCUGUAUUGUAGAUUCUUAAACCAUUUGUUAUGUUGAAUGCAAAUGUUUCUCUUGACUCCUGACAUCUGUCUUUGACAACUGGGAGUGUGUGUGGGACUGAAGCCAAAGUGGAAUAAACUCUCAUUUCCCUCUUGAGAAUAGAAGAUUCUUUGGCAUCAUCAGUUGAAGGUCACUUGUAGUUCUCAUUCUCCAGAAUUUGUGUUCCUUUCUUCGUGCACUCCAGAGAUACUUGAUAGCCUGGGGAUGUUUUCAAGAUAUCCUGAAAUAUUUUAAAGGUAUCCCAGAAGUUCAGUUCAGCUCUUGAUGGAAUGAAGGUAGCUGCCAUCUUUUGUUCACUUGUUUGCUUCUUUCCUAAUAAUGGGAGAAAAAAUUAUAAGAAGCAUUAUUCCGAGUUUACAUUCAGACUGUGAUGUGGCUCAGCAGAUUGCUUAGCCAGUGCCUGACAUGGGGUGCCUGAGCAGAGCUCUGCUAUGCAGUGUUCCUGUGUUAAUUGCUGUUAGUUAUUACUCAUAGAACAUUUCACAUUCUUCAGAUGUAAUUUGGAAAGCGUAGGACAUGAAACAAUUUCUGUAGUAGUGUCUGAGUAAAAAUGUCAUUACAUGCAAUAGGUUCUUAAGAAGGGGUGAAUUUCGUAGGUUAGUGCCUUUCUUAGAGUAAAGACACUUCUUCUGUGUGUGGUAUAAGGAUGGGUACAUCGUGAUCUGCAGUGUGUGAGUUAGCAUUAAAAGACUUGAGUCUGUCAGUGAAACAAUGUGCUCUCUUUGAGCUGCUCCAGUAAGAUGUGAAUGCUGGACAUUAAAUGUUCUGAACAAAAAUUACCUUCUGUUGUAAUUCACAGCAAAAAGAAUGAAAGAUUCUUGCCUGUAUUUAAGCGUAUUGUCAUCCUGUAGUGGAAAUGCUAAGUCAUGGCCUGAAGCAGUGAUUGAGCACCUGGUGGGAAGGCAGGGCCAACCCAGAGGAGGUCAGGUGCAUGCAAUGUACCUGAGUGAUUGGAAGGGGGUGAAGCCAGGGUGCGCCCCUUCCCAGACCUCAUUUAAGGAUUGGCAGUGGAGAUGAGGGUGUUUUGCUGGAGAUCUCUGCCUACCUGAGGCCUUCAAAAGGUAAGCAGCUCCUUUCCUUCAUGUCUGUAUCCAUGGCUGCUGCAUUUGGGCUCACUCUCAUUUGUUGUAGCUGAAGACUUUGCCACCCUGCUGUUAUCAUCCAAUAGCAGCAUUACACAUCCCUAAGAGAACACAAUCAGAUCCAUUUAGAACAGUUUUUCUUUGUGUUUAACAGCUAUUAAAAAGUUGGGAGAACAAAGGAAAAAGUUAAGCAUCAGUCACAAAGUGACUUUAAAUUUCUCACUAUGGACCAACUGAUGUUUCCUUUUUCUUUGUCCAUCACCCCACCCAUAAUUUUGCGGGUGCUUAUUCAACACUCCUUACAUCCUGCUAUGUACCUACCUGUAGGUUGAACAGCUGCAUCUGAAUAGGAGUCAGCUUUGGCUGUAUCUUCUCUGUGUGUGUGUCAGAGAAUGCUAGCCAGGAGUAUUUUCUUACAGAAGUGGCAAGAACUAAAUACUUUCAUGAAAGGGUAAUUUUAAUAUUGUUACUACUGACUCUGUAGUGUGUAGAGAAAGGACUCUAAUUUCUAUAAUGUCUCAUCUCAUACAGCAAAUUCACUUAAAAGAUUAUGAUUUCUUCCCGUAUGCUUAUUCUGAAAAAUGAAAGGGAUUGGAGACAGAGUUGCUCUGUAUUGCAAGGCAUUUGGAAGUAUGGGGAUUGCACAAGUAUGGAAUGACUACUUUUCUGUUCUCUAGGGAAUGUUGUAGACACACUAACGUAAUUUAGAAGUGAAGGAAGUCUGUAAUAAGUCCAUAAAAUAUCUAAUUUAGUAAUUUUAUUGGACUUGCUGUGUGUCCUCGUGAAGAUUUUUUGCUUGGUUCACUUUCACAGCCUGGGAGAAAGAUAGAUAUAAUUUUAGAAGUUUCAGUUGACAAAGACGUGCUGGUGCUAGAUACGUAUUUCAGAUCCUUGUCAUUGUACUCUAUUUUUAAAUUCAAGUGCCAGCCAACCUAACAAGCACAGCUUGUGUCUCUGCUGGGCGUCCUAUGUCUGUGCUGGAAAGCAGAACUCUUCCAACCCUUAGCACAAGACCACCACACUUACUUCAGUAUUUGUUGUAUUUAAUGAGAAGAAAUGCUCCAGCAAAUUCUUUUCUAUAUCACAGAACUAAAACUGGUCAUGAAAACAGUCCUUCUCUGUACAGAGAUCUGCUUAGGCAUUGGCAAUUGCUAAGAUGCUUGCCUAUCGGCAGCCACUUGAGAAAGAAUUUUAAAUGGUCUUGUGACGUCAAGGAGGCCCAAGAAAAUACAGCCUGGUGCCAAAUUACCUCCAACACUGAGAGCAUGCAGUAAGAAAUAGAUAACGCACAAGUAAAUCAUUUGUGCAAUAGCUAUCUAAUGAUAUGCUCUAGCAACUCCAAUAAGUGAGAUUGUCUGGUGUAGGCAUAGCUAAAGAAGAUUAACUUUCAGGCCCUCGUUUUCUAAUUUAUGAUUAAUGAAAAGCCAGCCUAAUCUAUCUGACAUCCUGCUGUCUGGACAGAAUGUCUGCGGGUAGCUUGGACACAGCAGAGGGAAAUGCCUUGACCAAGUUACAGCCUAUAAAAGUGAACAAUUUAAGUAUAAUGGAUAAAAAACUGAAUCUAUUGAAUGAGAAGAUGGACAGACUGUUGCAUUUCCAAGAAGACCUGACAGGCAAACUGCAACGAGUUAAAGCUAUUGAGGAUAUAGAAAAGGGCAUUAACAAGCUAACGGUAUCCAGAGAAGACCUCGAUGAGACAGAUCAAAUGGGAAAAGGCCUAAAGCUAUCAGACAGUCCUCACCAGACCGAUAUGGACAGCAUAUGCUCAGAAGUGUUGAAAUUGAUGAAAGUUGCUCAGCUUGAUGCCUCGAAGCACAAGGAGAGACUGGCAAAGAUAGAGGGAAGGAUUAAUACACUGGAUGAAGUGAUUACAUUAGUGGGAGAAGUAUUAAAAAAUUCUAAAGUAGUGGAUUUUAUUCUCAAAGGCAUUGUGCCCUGGAAGAAGGAGAGUCUACUGGAAAGCCCUGUUGAGGCCAAGGGAAAGCUUGAAGAGAGCAGUUCAAAACCUAAGCAUGUGCUUAGUAACAGAGGAACCCAAACUGAAAGCAGUAAGCCUUCUGAAGAUGCUAAAACUGUGAAAAAAUUGGAGGAAAACAGUAGAGGAUGCAAGAAGGUAAAUGCUUCAAUUGCUGUUGCCCACAAAGCUGACUCCAGACCCCAGGCUAAAGAGAGGACAGCACAGCAGAAAGCAGUAGAAGAUACUGGAAAAGCAUGGAGCUGUCAUCAGCAAAAAGAUUUUGAUGUCAAAGCUUUGAAUCAACGUAAUGGUCUUCCCUUCAUAAAUCAAGAUCAUGUAGGCAACCAAGAUGUUCCUGUUAAAGCUCACAAUAUGGGCAAAUCCCCAUGCUCCAAUGAGUGUCACAAGCAGCUUUUUCAUCAGAAACUCAAAGAGAAUGAAAACAAACCUCUGUCACAGAGUAUGGCAUUGCAGGAAGCUGUGCCCUCCACGUCCCAGGCUCUAUCUGACACAGCGUGUGAAGUGACACAAACCAGGAUAGCCAUUGGUGUUCACAUAGCUGAAGUGAAAGAAAAAAAUGAGAUGAGCAAAGAAGGGAACUCAAAUGAUCAGAGACAUAAAAACCUCAAAGCAAAAUCCCCAUCCUCUUUAUCAUCAGAAGUGGAAAGAUAUAAACAGCUGCCUGGUAAAUCCAAACUUGAACAGACUCCGAAGAAUAUCAGCACUGAAUCAAAUCAAGAAGUGAGAGAGAACAAGAAGCAAAAUGAACUUGCACCAAAAACAGGGAAACAAAAGCCACUAUUGAACAAGCCCAAGCCAAGUAAAAAAGCUGAAGACAAAUCAGAAUUAAAAUGCAAGCCCAUAGUUUCACAGAGUACCACUGCAACAGAGCCAAAGAAAGAUCUGGGAAUACACGUCAAAAUCCAUCAAGGAACAAUAAAAGUAAAAGAUGCCUUAGCAGUUACCAACUCUGACAGGAGAGAAUCUGAGCCCUCCUCUUCAGUGGGAAGAGAGAAUGAUGUGGAUCAGUGUGCAGGAACAGCAAUGGAGAACACUAAGUCAUUGGAAGCUAGCAAAGAACUUUCCACACAGGAUGGGAUGAUCGUUGAUGACAGCCCUUCUCCCCCGGCUCCUUUUGAACAUCGCAUGGUGAGUGUCAAGCUAACAGAUGUGACAACGUGCUACUCAGUGUGUCGUCAUGAGGUCCUUGGAGGGGGGCGUUUUGGGCAAGUUCAUAAGUGCACAGAAGUCUCAACUGGUCUCAAUUUGGCAGCCAAAAUCAUUAAAGUGAAAGGAGCAAAAGAAAAGGAGGAAGUAAAAAAUGAAAUUAACAUUAUGAACCAAUUAAAUCAUGUGAAUUUGAUCCAGCUUUAUGAUGCCUUUGAAGCCAAAAAUAAUAUAACUUUGAUCAUGGAAUAUCUGGAUGGUGGUGAAUUAUUUGACCGGAUCACAGAUGAAAGCUACAAUCUAACAGAGUUGGAUGCAAUCUUAUUUACCAAACAAAUCUGUGAAGGAGUCCAUUACUUGCACCAGCAUUAUAUUCUCCAUUUAGAUCUGAAGCCUGAAAACAUAUUAUGUGUAAAUCACACAGGGAACCAGAUAAAAAUUAUUGACUUUGGAUUAGCGAGGAGGUACAAAUCUCAUGAAAAACUGAAGGUUAAUUUUGGAACUCCAGAGUUCUUGGCUCCCGAAGUGGUGAACUACGACUUUGUUUCCUACCCAACAGACAUGUGGAGCGUAGGUGUCAUCACAUAUAUGUUGCUUAGUGGCUUGUCCCCAUUCCUGGGAGAAACUGAUGCGGAGACAAUGAAUUAUGUAGUCAAUUGCAACUGGGAUUUUGAUGCAGAAGCUUUUGAACAGCUAUCAGAGGAAGCAAAAGACUUUAUUUCCAGACUACUUGUGAAAGAGAAGAGCUGCCGGAUGAGUGCAACACAGUGUCUGAAGCAUGAGUGGUUAAACAAUCUGCCUGCCAAAGCCAAGAGGUUCAAGCUUCGCCUGAAGUCCCAGUUGUUGCUGCAAAGUUACAUAGCUCAGAGAAAAUGGAAGAAACAUUUUUAUGUGGUGGCUGCUGCUAACAGACUGAAGAGAUUUCAGAGUAUGUCUGUCAAACUUGCAUAAGGUUGUAUGAAGCAACAACCAUACUUGAAGAUGGAUGUGAAACCACAGGAGAAGAACUCAAUACCUUCAAUAAUUUUAAUCCCGUAUAUAAUGUCAACUUUUGCAUCUGUCUUUCUCAUAUAUUGUGUGUUAGUGCUUAGUUACCUGAAAUGUCUCAAAGCAGAUGCACUGAAAUAACUUAAGAAAACAAUAUACUUUGUUUUGUUCUUACAAGCUUUUAGUUGUACAUAGUGAUGAAAAAAUAGUAAGUUAGUGGGGCUGACCUCUUCCUGAAGGCUUUAUUCUGAAGAUCAUUUAUGGUCUGUUUUUACCAGAAAAGACCAGCAGUUUUCUGGCUUCUCACACCAAGCAUGGGAUCUCUAAAGACUUUCUUCACAACUGGUGUGUACAUAAUCAGUUUUAGUGGACUGUCACAAGAAUAGCACGAUAUUUUCCCUCAGGUUUGUUACUUAGGCAGGAAGAUCAAACUUUUACAUUUGUGAGAAGAUAGGUGGAACUGCCAAAAGUAAAAUUAGGCAGUGGCUGCUGGGUCACUCUGCAAAUAUCUCAAUGUCCUGGAAAGAUUUCCAGACACCUCCUUUCACGUUUUAAAUGUGUAAAUGCUUUUCAUUGGAUGUGACUGCAGCCCUUAGUAUUGUAAUUUUUAUUUUGAGAAUUUUUUGUCCUUUUCAACGAUUUUAAUGCAUUUUAUCUGGGAAGUUGAUAUGCAAAACACAUUCUAAUGCUGUUCAGCUUCAGAGAAAUGGUGUAUUGCCAGACUCUGCUUUUGGCUCAGCUGGAACAUUGAAACCCUUUUUUUCCCAACUUGCUCUCAGACAUGAGACUUUUUCUUCACAAUGCUAACUGUUCAUGAUGUCUAAAGAAUUGAAGCCACUUAAAAUUUCUCAGCUAAAAGUGUAACAUUAUUUAUUAGACCUGUGUUUUUUUUUCAUUCCUGUUCUAGAUUCUGUAGAGCUCAAUGUAAGCUGAACAGGCUCUUUAUUAGUGAUACUUUCUGGUUUUCCUAAAACUAGCUUUUCAGUGAAGACAUCUAGCUGCUGCCAAGCUCCCGUUAACUUUAUAGAUUUUCAUCUCCCUUAAAUUAGCAAAAGUGCUGGUUGCUAAUAAAGAGGAUUUUAUGAAUGCCUUACCUUA